AUUUUUAAUUAGGACUAAUCUGAUCACCAAAAUAGCCACCAUCUCAGCAAUACAACCGCUACUGCUAAAAACUACGCACUGGACCACAUGAUGGUACAUGGCAAAACAUUAGACUCAUUUCAUCGAAAAGAACAAUAGGCUCAUUCCUUUCAUCCGUACUAACAAUUAACUACAAGCAUCAGUCCGAAAUCUUCCAUACGGUUGGGCUUGGUUCUACACGAGCAGUAAAAGAAAUGCUGCAAAUACAACCAGUCAAGAAUACAAUGAGUCACCCAGAAAAAAAGGGGGGAAAUAAAAGGAAAACAAUAAACGAGAGGAAGCUGGCAGUUCCGCUCUAUUCUAACUCCCCACGGAAGCAGCGCUUUCAUCUCUCUCCGUUUCCUCUGAAAGCUCGUAUUUUUAGCUCUCCUAAGCUCUGUGCCUCAUCAAGCUCUAUCCAAGCUCUCGCCAUGGCCAAGAACACAUGCAAGCUCUGCUACCGCCGCUUCGGCAACCCCCGCGCCCUCGCCGGCCACAUGCGCUCCCACUCAGUCGCCGCCUCGAGGUCGCAGAUCUCCUCGACGUCCUCCGCGUCCACAUCCGUCGCGGUCGGCGACGACGACGGCGGCGGUGAUGCCAAGAGGCCCAUCCAGGGAUACGUGCUGCGGGAGAAGCCCAAGCGGAGGGUCCGCCUCGCCGAGUCCGACUUCUCGGAUCGCGAGAGCGAGACGGAGUACUACUCCUCGCCGCCUCACGGCAAGCGCGCGAACACCGGAUCGGGCGAUGUCGAGCAGGUGAGCUCGGUGUCCGACGCCACGUCGGAGGAGGACGUAGCGCUGUCCCUCAUGAUGCUCUCCCGCGACACCUGGCCAGCCACGCCGCCGCCGCCGCCGCCCUACCGUCUCCGCGGCGCAGGCUACGACGACGGGAGCGACGGUGGCGACGCACCUCCGGCUCCGGCCGCAGCGGCCGCGCAGAAGCGGACGCGGUUCCAGUGCCCCGCAUGCAAGAAGGUGUUCCGAUCGUACCAGGCCCUCGGCGGCCAUCGCGCUAGCCACAUGCGCGGCGGCAGGGGCGGCUGCUGCGCGCCUCCGCCUAACCCUCCUCCUUCUCCCGCUACGCCUCUCCAGCCAUUGCCGGAGUGCGACGGCGGCGAGGAGGAGGGCGCGAAGCCGCAUCCGCACGAGUGCCCCUACUGCUUCCGCGUGUUCGCGUCCGGCCAAGCUCUGGGCGGCCACAAGCGGUCCCAGCUGUGCUCAGCCGCGGCGGCGGCCGCAUCGGGCGACGAUAUUCCAGCCAUGAUUAAAAGCAACGGCUUCAUUGAUCUGAACCUCCCGGCGCCGUUCGACGACGUGGAGCUCUCCGCCGUUUCAGAUCCUUUCCUCUCCUCGAAGCCAGGUUCUUGAAAGCAAGCAGAGCAUGAGAGAGCGAGCAUACUGGCUGUUCAGUGCUCUCUCUCCUUUCGGUUGAUUCCAAAGAAGAUGGUUAGAGCUAUGGAUUCGAGAGAAAGAGCUGCUUAACCAGGCAGCCGAAAAGGUAAAGAAAAUAUCAUAAAAAGGAGACAUCUUUGCUUUGGUAGUUUUUUUUUUCUCAGUUGUUUUGUUCAUUCAGCUACAAAAAUUGCUUGAUGCUGUCCUCCAUUCUGUUCUGUCUUUUUGUUUGUUUCAAGCUACCCGAACAGUGUACAUUGGGGCAACUAGCAGAGCUUAGCAUCUUGCUUACUUCUUGAUCAUAA